UUUUAUUUUCUUCUUUUUUUCCUUUUUUGUUUUGUUUUUCCUCUCUUCUUCUUUCUUCUUCUUUUCGAAGGAAAAGAAGAGACUUUAGGGUUUGGGUUCGAUCUGGAUGGUAUUAUUAUUAUUUAAAUUUAAUUUCAUGGAGUUGAAGCAAAGUGCGGUAUGGCGUAAAACUUUUGUGUAUAAUUUUGAGUUUAAAUGCCGUCUUUUUCACUUCUAAGUUUCCCCCAAUUAGAUCGAGGAGGAGUUUGCGUCUCUCCUUUAUAAAUAAUAGCGAUUGGUGGUGGGAGUAUAUUGUGUUCUUGACUGGAUUUUUCAGGAAGAGAACAAAACGUAGCAAAAGCUGCACCAAAAACAGAAUCCGAGUGAGGGAGGUCCUUGGAUGUCAGAUUUUGGUUUCUGUGGAUUGUAAUUUCUUUUUAGACUUUUGAGUGUGGCCAAGUGAGAUGGAAUUUUCAGCCCUUCUAACUUCGGUAGGGAUUAAUAUCGGCAUCUGCUUGCUGCUUUUCUCUCUGUAUUCGAUAUUGAGAAAGCAGCCGAGCAAUGUAACUGUGUACUUCGGUCGGAAGAUCGCUUCGAGAAAGUUGAAACGCAGCGAAACCUUUUGCUUAGAUAGGUUUGUUCCUUCCCCUAGCUGGAUACUGAAAGCUUGGGAGACAACCGAGGAAGAAAUUUUGGCUCUUGAUGGCCUGGAUGCUGUGGUUUUUGUCAGGAUAAUCAUAUUCAGCAUUCGAGUCUUUUCAAUUGCUGCCAUCAUUUGCAUAUUUCUAGUGCUUCCAGUGAAUUACUAUGGCCAAGAAAUGACUCACAAGCUCAUACCUUCAGAGUCGCUCCACGUUUUUUCCAUCGAGAACGUCAAAGAGAAUUCAAAAUGGCUUUGUGCUCAUUGUAUCGCUUUAUACGUCAUAUCUUGCUCGGCUUGUGUGCUCCUUUACUUUGAGUACUCAAGCAUCAGUAGAAUGAGACUUAUCCACAUCACUGGUUCUGUUAUGAAUCCUAGUCAUUUUACGGUUUUAGUCCGCUCGAUUCCCUGGUCUGCAGAGGAAUCUUAUAGUGAAACUGUUAGGAAAUUCUUCACCAAUUAUCAUGCAGCAGGUUACUUGUCACACCAAAUGAUAUAUCGCUCUGGUACCAUUCAUAAACUGAUGGAUGAUGCAGAGAAAAUGUACAACUCACUGAAGGAAAAUUCGGUGGAAAUGCAGUGCCAGACCAAGAUAAAAGGAUGCUGUUUCUGUGCAGGGCCAACAAAUUCUUUUGCAAUUCUGCCUCGUGUGAAGGAUAAAGGUGCAUAUGGAGGCAUAGACUUAGUGGGAGCAGAAAAGGAGUGUUCGGCAGCGUUUGUAUUCUUCAAGACUCGGUAUGCUGCCCUUAUGGCGGCGAAGGUUCUUCAGUCGGCGAAUCCUAUGUCAUGGGCAACAGACUUAGCUCCCGAACCUCGCGAUGUUUAUUGGUCAAACCUUUCUAUACCGUAUAGGCAACUUUGGAUUCGUAAGAUAGGAACGCUGGUUGCUGCUACCGCAUUCAUGCUCGUUUUUCUGCUCCCUGUAACACUUGUUCAAAGCAUGACGCAACUCGAAGAACUACAGCGAAAAUUCCCAUUCCUCAGAAGCGUCUUGGAAAAGAAAUAUAUGAGCCAACUGGUGACGGGUUACUUACCAAGCGUGAUAUUGGUCCUGUUUUUGUAUCUGGUUCCACCUACUAUGAUGUCAUUUUCGGCCAUGGAGGGAUCUAUUUCGCGCAGCGGGAGGAAAAAGAGUGCGUGCCUGAAGGUCUUGUACUUCACAAUCUGGAACGUGUUUUUUGUCAACGUAUUUACGGGKUCUAUUCUUCGUGCAUUGAAUGUGUUUUUCAGUGUAAAGGACUUACCUGCCCAAUUUGGCAGAGCAGUACCAGCACAGGCGAGUUUCUUCUUGACUUAUGUUCUAUCAUCUGGAUGGGCAAGUUUGGCUAUUGAAGUGAUGCAGGUUUUUCCUCUUACCUGCAACUUGUUCAGAAGAUGUAUACUUAGAAUCAAGGAUGAACCUAUUCAUGAAACUCUUUCAUUCCCAUAUCAUACCGAAGUUCCUAGAAUUCUCCUUUUCGGUUUUCUCGGCUUCACGUGUUCCAUCUUGGCUCCUUUGAUCACGCCCUUCUUGCUCGUUUACUUUUUUCUUGCCUACCUUGUUUACAAAAACCAGAUUCUCAACGUCUAUAUAUCGAAAUACGAAAGCGGGGGACAAUUUUGGCCCGUAGCUCACAACACUACCAUCUUCGCUCUGGUAUUGGCUCAAAUUAUUGCUCUUGGAGUGUUUGGUCUAAAGGAGUCUCCAGUUGCAUCAGGUUUCACCAUUCCUUUGAUUAUCGGCACGCUCCUCUUUCACGAGUACUGCAGGCAACGUUUCCUACCGAUUUUCAGAAACACUGCUGCAGAGUUGCUCAUCGAGAUGGACCGAAAAGACGAGCAAUCUGGCAGGAUGGAAAAGAUCUAUGAAGAGUUACGCAAGGCCUAUUGCCAGUUCACGUUGUUGGCUAACCGACACUCGAGUAAACCGGGGUGUUUGAGUAAGCAGGAGAGCGAGAACGACACAGAGAGCGGAAAACCAGGGAAGCCCCCCAUGAAAGUACUCGAGUUGUGGACUGCUCCUACCCAUUUGGAUGAACCAGAACCCAGCCAAAAGUAAUUCUAUUCAUUCUUCUUUUCUAUCUUAAUUGUACAAAUUCCCAUUUCAUACCGUAUUUAUGUUGAUCAAAAGACUCGAUGUCGAUGUCGAUGUCGAUGUCGAUAAUGAUUGGAAAUAUAUUCUUUUAGGAGUGUUAUGAAAGUUUUAUGAAAUGAUGUCAAUAUUUGUGAACAUAAAACACAAAUAAUACUGACGAUUAAGAACUUUCAUAUGAGGUAUAUAGUGAAUAUAUAUCUGUAUUGUUUCAAACU